AUGGUGAGGGGGGUAGCGGCGGCGAUGCUGGGGCUGCUGCUGGCAUGCGCGGUCAUGGUAGUUCUGCUGAGAGCUGACAAGGAGGACACAGCUGGAACAAGUCUUCUUGCUCGCUCCUCUCCUCCCUCCAUCCCCCCCUCAGGCUCUGCAUACCGAGAGACGAUGAGGAUGGCGAGGCGAGCCGACCUGUACAGGCAGGCCGCGUUCGAUGAUGCGGUGGAGGACCAGGACAAGAAGGUGGAGAAAGACGAGAAGCUUGCGAUGAAGAUCGAGGAAGUGGACAAGAAGAAGUCAAGAGAGCGAGAAGUGAAGACUCUACUUGACAUAGCCAAGGCGAGAAACAAGGCGGCAGAGAUGGCUGAUAAGCAGCUCGACAAGCGAGCUGAGAAGCUCCAGACUGACCGCGCCAAAGACGCAAAGGAACCGCGUCAUGCUGAUGAGGAGAAGAAGCCCGAACAUGCAAGCGAGCAGCGAGCCAAGGCCGUCGCAGGGUCGGUGAAGCGCAUGGCAACCGAGGCAUAUCAGGCGUAUCAAGAUGAUCUCAAAGAGGCGGAGCGAAGAGACAAGAAGCGACAGGAAUCGUUCAUGAAUGCAAAGAAGGAGGAAGAGAAAGAAGACAAGGAGGACGACGAUGACCACCAGAGACAACUCGCCAUGGGGAGGAGGAAGCGGAAGCUCUGGUGGUGGGCCCUGAAACGGGAGGAGAAGCGAGACCUGGAGAGAAAGGCUCGGUGGAAACAAGAUCUGACCAAGGCCGAGAAGAUGAUGGAAAGCAUCCAACAAGGGCAUGACUCGGCCUUGACCUCCUCCCGGGAGCAACAGGCUGUAGCCUCUGAGAGGCAGAAGGAGGGAGUGAUGAAGGCGGAUCCUGCGAAGAUGCCGAGAAAGGAGCGAGAAGAGAAGGCGAGCAAGGGGAAGGAGGCUCUACGGCAGGCUACAGAGCUCGUCGACCAGGCAAGGAGCAAGUUUCUGGAAGCGGACGCGAAGCAUCAGGUGGCCAUGGACGAGCUAAAGAAGGAGGAGCAGGUUGAGAGCUUGAAGAAGCAGAACGACUGGAAGACGAUCUUGAGCAAAAGCAGCGAUGGGAAGAAGGCGCGAGAAAAGAUGAAGAUGAAGGUGAAGCUCUCACUUGAGACUGUUAAGAAGAGACAGCGAGAGCUGGCGGAGGCCGUGAACCAUCAGGUCGGGCAUGCGCAUGUGCAGUUCUGGUGCUGA